CGUACGCACAUGCUUCCGGAGAGUCGCAGCUUCUUCGGUAACCUCCUCAAGUUUAUGUCGGAGACACUCCGCGUUAUCAGCACGUAUAAAAUGGCAAUCGAUGUGAGGCUGCCGGUCUGCGAAUUCCCUGAACGCGUUGAGCAGCACCUUGCUACAAUCUAUCUCUCGCUUUUCCGUCGUCAUUACAACGUCAACGAUGCGGACGUUGGCGCCCAAUGAGUUUUACGGUCUGCUGGAUGAGACAUGCAAGCAAGUCGUAUCCCACUGGGACACGCACAAGAUGCUCUACCAGAAAAGCCCCACGCCAACACAGCUUCGUGAGCAAUUCGCGGUCACACUAGUCCAGGUGGCUCUGUCGCGGCUAGGAAUCGAUUGGAGACACUUCAUUCUGCCCUGGGUCGAUCGCGACUCGGACAACGGAGACCGCUGGCAUGAUAUCAUUUUGAGAUGGACGACUCCAGGAUUGGUACAUGUUAUAUGCUUUCAAGUCCAGACGACGCAACCGGUUUCGGGACAGUACUCGACGUCAGGAUUUGUUGAUUGCAUAUCGAGCCGUAAGUAUCUUCCCUGCUCGUUCGAAUCCGCAGUGAGCGAUUUGUGAACGUUCUGUACAGUUCCGGAAGCCGUAGCGGACGGGAAGAUGAUGCACGUACCAUAUAUACCUCCCGUGAUGUACGGCUUAUGCAACCUCGUAUCCUUGCAGCUAUCUCGUGUACGCCCACGAUGCC